CUUAAAUCUAAAGUCUGCAACUCUUUGUAUAUCUGCAAGUUUGUUGAAUACUAUUUAUACUGGUUAUCUAUCUCCUGAUUAAUGUCGAGAACUUAUACUCUCGUUAUCGUUGGCCUUGCCGUUGCCACUGUCGUUGGCGUUGGCGUUGCCGUUGCCGUUACUGGACUUGCCGCCGCUGGCCCCGUCGUUUUUGUAUUUAUGUUAGUAGUCGUCUCUGUGGACACUGCUAUGUUAGUUGCAGCAUGCAGGAAACGUAAUCAGAAAGGUAGCAGCUCUGAUGAUCCAAUCUACACUCAGACCAAAUUUCCGACACUCACAAUGGACAAUUUUCUAAAUGAUAUGGAAAGAGAGAAGCCCAUCAGGUUUACUUCUCAACAACUUCGGAUUGCAACUGAUAACUUCACCAACUUGUUGGGAGAAGAUGAUCCAAUCUACACUCAGACCAAAUUUCCGACACUCACAAUGGACAAUUUUCUAAAUGAUAUGGAAAGAGAGAAGCCCAUCAGGUUUACUUCUCAACAACUUCGGAUUGCAACUGAUAACUUCACCUACUUGUUGGGAAAAGGAGGGUUUGGUUCAGUUUAUAAAGGAAUAUUUAGUAAUGGAACGCUUGUGGCAGUGAAGGUUCUAAAGGAUACCUCGGACAAGACAAUUGAUGAGCAAUUCAGGGCGGAAGUUAGUACACUUGGCAGGAUUCAUCAUGUCAACUUGGUUCGUCUUCGUGGUUUCUGCUUUGAGAGAGAGCUUAGAGCACUGGUUUAUGAGUAUAUGUCAAAUGGUUCGCUUGAUAAGUUUCUUUUCGACGGAAACAGGAUUGUAGGAUUUGAAAAGCUUCAUGACAUUGCGGUUGGGACGGCUAGAGGGAUUGCUUACUUGCACGAAGAAUGCCAGCAACGAAUAGUCCACUAUGAUAUAAAACCUGAAAAUAUUCUUUUGGAUGUGAAUUUCCUCCCCAAAGUUGCUGACUUCGGUUUGGCCAAGCUGAUCAACAGGGACAAUACUCAUAUAACAAUGACAGGUGGGAGGGGAACUCCGGGUUAUGCUGCACCAGAACUUUGGCUACGGUUUGCUAUAACCCACAAAUGUGAUGUGUACAGCUUUGGAAUGCUGUUAUUUGAGAUCAUAGGUAGAAGAAGGAACCAUGACCUUAAUCUUCCAGAGAGCCAAGACUGGUUUCUAAGGUGGGGAUGGAAGAAGUUUGAAGCUGGUGAACUAGGAGAACUAAUGGCAGUGUGUGGUAUAGAGGAAAAAGAUAGAGAGGCAGCAGAGAGAAUGUUAAAGGUAGCUAUCUGGUGUGUUCAGUAUAGGUCCGAGUUGAGGCCCUUAAUGAGUGUUGUGGUGAAAAUGUUGGAAGGAGAAUUUGAGAUUCCUAGACCUUCAAUUAAUCCAUUUCAGCACUUGAUGCCAGACAAUCCUAUCAUGGCAGCAUAUAGCACUAGUGCCUCCGACACGGAUUCCUCUCAAACAAUAACUGGAUAUAACAUUGUUCGUGAGACUCCCAUCAUGAAAAAAUACGAGAUUGAAAUAGCGUCUACUUAAGUAGGCUGAAGUAAGUCGACUUUCCUGAUUCUCUUUCAUUUUCUUGCAAAAUGUCACGUCUCUCAAUUAUGUAUAUUAUAGGCAAAAUAGACAUGUGGUUUUGAUUGUACAACUCCUCAAACUGUGCUGGUCAGCAGUCAUGACUCAUGACCUGUUCCCCUAUUAAUUAUAUAGAACAGUGAGAGUAUGUAUGCAUCCCCUCUCGCAUUCCAUCAAAUGAUGUUGGAAUUUCUUGAAAGUGUCAC